AAAGCGACCAUCGACUUGGCAUGUGAAGGGGUCAUAGUAAAUGAGACUUGGGUCAGGAAACACCGUUUCCCUACCUAUGCACUCAACAAACCCAUUCGCGUCCGGAACGUCAAUGACACCAUUAAUAAAGCAGGUCUUAUCCGGUCCGCCUUGGAUGUAAACCUCACCAUUUGGGACAUCCAUGGGCGAACGCACACCGAGCGUGUCCAGAUAUUGAUUUCCAAUCUAGGAAAAGACAAUCUUAUCCUAGGAACAGAUUGGCUGAAAUACCAUGAUCCCUCCAUCAAGUGGAGG